UUCGCUGCUCGGCUGUGACUGGGAAAAGAGAUGCAAUGCUGACUAGCAGUCAACAACACAUGGGACUGUUGAGAAUUAAGUGAAACGUUAGUUAAAAUAACAUCGGCUGACGUUUGUGGGACAUAACGAGAUAGGACUUGUCUGAUGCAAAUCUAACCAUGGUUUCUAUAGACCAUGUUGCUCACAAGAUACUGACUUACAUCCCUUAUGUUCUUGUUUUGAUUGAUAUGAGAUAUGAAGGAGUGAAAUGUGGCAGGGAUGGGAGUGUGGACAAUCAUAUGGAGAUGGGGAAGAAACUGCUCGCAGCUGGCCAGCUAGCCGAUGCCCUCUCUCAUUUCCAUGCUGCUGUGGACGGAGAUUCCAAGAACUACAUGGCCUACUACAGGAGAGCUACAGUGUUUCUAGCAAUGGGAAAGUCAAAGUCUGCGCUGCCAGAUUUGAGCAGAGUCAUUGAACUCAAACCAGACUUCACAUCUGCACGGCUUCAGAGAGGAAAUCUCCUUCUGAAGCAGGGGAGACUAGAUGAAGCAGAGAGUGACUUUAAGAAGGUGCUGAAAUCCAACCCUAGCGACAAAGAGGAGAGGGAAGCCCAGAGUCAGCUGACAAAGUCAGAUGAAAUUCAGCGGCUGGUGGCUCAGGCACGCAGCAGCUUCAAGAGCCAGGAUUAUGUGACAGCUGCUGCCCAGCUUGACACUAUCACUGAGACUUGCGUUUGGGAUGUGACCUCUCGUGAGAUGCGAGCAGAAUGUUUUAUUCAAAUGGGAGAGAUGGGGAAGGCCAUCAGUGACCUUAAAGCUGCAUCCAAGUUAAAGAGUGACAAUACCCAGGCUUUCUACAAACUCAGCACCAUCUACUAUAAUCUUGGAGACCAUGAGAUGUCCCUCAAUGAGGUGCGCGAGUGCCUGAAGCUUGAUCCUGAUCACAAGCAGUGUUACAGCCAUUACAAGCAGGUCAAGAAGCUCAACAAACAGAUCCAGUCUGCAGAGGAACUCAUGCAAGAGCAGAGGUAUGAAGACGCAGUGAGCAAAUAUGAGGCAGUGAUGAAGACUGAGCCCAACGUGCACCAUUUCUCUCUCCUUGCCAAGGAGCGCAUCUGCCAUGCGCUGGCACAGGGCCAGCAGGCUAGCAGAGCUAUCUCAGUGUGUAGCGAAGUCCUCCAGUCGGACCCGGAGAACGUUAACGUGCUGAAGGACAGAGCUGAGUCCUAUGUCCAAGAUGAACAGUAUGAGGAAGCUAUUAAGGACUAUGAGACUGCUUCAAAACACAGUGAGAAUGACCGUCAGAUAAAAGAAGGCCUGGAGAGAGCUCAGAGACUUCUCAAACAGUCUCAGAAGAGGGAUUAUUAUAAGAUCCUGGGAGUGAAGAGAACUGCCCAGAAAAAGGAGAUUAUUAAAGCCUACAGGAAACUGGCACAACAGUGGCAUCCGGACAACUUCCAGGAUCCAGAGGAAAAGAAGAAGGCUGAGAAGAAGUUCAUAGACAUUGCUCAGGCUAAAGAGGUUCUCACUGACCCAGAAAUGAAAACCAAGUUUGACCACGGGGAGGACCCCAUGGACCCAGAGAGCCAGCAGGGUCAUAAUCAUCACUUCCACGGAGGCUACCACGGCUUCCAGGGUUUCAAUCCAUUUGGCUCUGGACCCUUCAACUUUAAAUUCAACUUCAACUGAGGAAGCUCAUAUCUAGCACAGCUGGAGUGGAUUUUUGUACCCCCCCCAUUGAAAAGGGAGGUCACUGGCAUAAGGAAUGUCAGUGCAUACCAAUAAGUAUCACAAAAAUGUGGAGCAAAUUGUGACUUUAAUUCAGUGACCUUAAUUAAAGAUGCAUCUUUGUUGUUGAAUAAUACAACUUUGAAUUCUGUUUGGGGAAGGUCUGUUGCUAUGCUAACAAGUAUCUGCCAUGUGUGAAGCCGCUUUUAUCUGUCAAGUGUAAGUGGUUAAUUCUGAGACUUACAUCCUUUCCAUUUAUUGUACAUUCUACAAUUCACAUCCAUUCGUAAGAUUCAAUUUGUACAUAGCUACAGUACUAUUUUUAUAUGAAUGGAGUUUUUCUGAACUGUAAAUAAAGACCUAUUUAUGUACAUUAAAUUGA